CAAAGCUAUGGGAUUACAGGCGUGAGCCACUGUGCCUGGCCCUGGAGAGGUUUUUAAAAGAUGGCAGAAGGCUGUUUGGAGGAGUCCACCCCCAUCUCCCCUGUGUAAAAGGAAAGCGGAAGAGAGAACCACAAAGGCGGCUUGGGGGAAAGCCGUGGAGUGAGGCGAUAAGGGCUUGUGUCCAAGGGAUUCCUGGUCACUGGAAUCCCUAUCAGGCCUGCAUUUCCUCCUCACCCCCAUCCUCUUUCUUGCCACUGGCUUAGUCCUCCAUGGGGCUAGAAGAGAGAAGGACUGAGUUGAGUGGCACCUCAGAAGACGCUAUGUGCCUUCGGAGGUCUUUCUGCCUGCCUGUCCUCAUGCCUCUCCUCCUCUUGGUGCUCCUGCUGCCAAGCCCCUUACGUCCCGAACCCAUGUGUGAGGUCUCCAAAGUGGCCAGCCACCUAGAAGUGAACUGUGACAAGAGCAAUCUGACAGCACUGCCUCCAGACCUGCCAAAAGACACGACAAUCCUCCAGUUGGGGGAGAACCUCCUGUACAACUUCUCCCUGGCAUCCCUGGUGCCUUUCACUCGCCUCACUCAGCUGUACUUAGAUAAGUGCGAGCUCACCAAGCUCCAGGUCGAUGGGACACUGCCAGUGCUGGGGACCCUGGAUCUAUCCCACAAUAAGCUGCAAAGCCUGCCCUUGCUAGGGAAGUCACUGCCUGCUCUCACCAUCCUGGACGUCUCCUUCAACCAGCUGACCUCGCUGCCUCUUGGUGCCCUGCAUGGUCUUGGCAAACUCCAAGAGCUCUACCUGAAAGGCAAUGAGCUGAAGACCCUGCCCCCAGGGCUCCUGACGCCCACACCCAAGCUGGAGAAGCUCAGUCUGGCUAACAACCACCUGACCCAGCUCCCCGCCGGGCUCCUGGAUGGGCUGGGGAAUCUCGACACCCUUCUCCUCCAAGAGAACUCGCUGUAUACGAUACCAAAGGGCUUUUUUGGGUCCCACCUCCUGCCUUUUGCUUUUCUCCAUGGGAACCCCUGGUUAUGCAACUGUGAGAUCCUCUAUUUUCGUCGCUGGCUGCAGGAUAAUGCCGAAAAUGUCUACGUGUGGAAGCAAGGUGUGGACGUCAAGGCCAUGACCUCUAACGUGGCCAGUGUGCAGUGUGACAAUUCAGACAAGACUCCUGUCUACAAAUACCCGGGAAAGGGAUGCCCCACCCUUGGUGAUGAAGAUGACCCAGGCCUAUAUGAUGACUACACAGACGAGGACACUGAGGGUGAUGAGGUGCGUGCCACAAGGACUGUGGUCAAGUUCUCCACCAAAGCCCAUACGACUCCCUGGGGUCUGUUCCACUCAUGGUCUGCUGCUUCUCUAGACGGUCAAACGCCCUCCUCCUUGCAUCCAACACAAGAAUCCACUAAGGAGCAGACCACAUUCCCCCCAGAUGGACCCAGAUUCGACACUUCACAUGGGAUCUGCCCAUUCUCAAAAACUCCAAAUCCACUACUGCAAACUGACACAAGCCCGACCACCUCGAGCCCACCCCAAGCCCCACUACCCCCAGAGGCCCGCGCCCAGAAGACACCCCAGCGAGCCCCACCCCACCCGGACCACCCACAGCCACCGGCCCCAGUUCAGACCACCCCAGAGCCCACCCCAAGCCCGAUCACCCCAGAGCUGGCCACAAGCCCGACCAUCCCGGAGUCUGCCACAAGCCUGAUCACUCCAAAAAGCAUCACAUUUUUGACUACCACAAAACCCGUAUCACUCUUAGAAUCCACCAAAAACAACAUCCCUGAAUUUGAUCAGCAACCAAAGCUCCGUGGGGUGCUCCAAGGGCAUUUCGAGAGCUACAGAAAUGACCCUUUUCUCCACCCCGACUUUUGCUGCCUCCUCCCCCUGGGCUUCUAUGUCUUGGGUCUUCUCUGGCUCCUCUUUGCCUCUGUGGUCCUCAUCCUGAUGCUGACCUGGGUCAGGCAUGUGAAACCACACGCCCUGGACUCUGGCCAAGGUGCUCCUCUGGCCACAGCCACACAAACCACACAUCUGGAGCUGCAGAGGGGACGGCAAGUGACGGUGCCCCAGGCCUGGCUUCUCUUCCUUCGAGGCUCACUCCCCACUUUCCGCUCCAGCCUCUUCCUGUGGGUACGGCCUAAUGGCCGUGUGGGGCCUCUAGUGGCAGGAAGGAGGCCCUCAGCUCUGAGUCAGGGUCGUGGUCAGGACCUGCUGGGCACAGUGAGCAUUAGGUACUCUGGCCACAGCCUCUGAGGGUGGGAGGCUUGUGGAGCUUGAGAGAGGAGCCUAUGGGCUCUCCUAUCGAAUCUAGUUGGGGGUUGGGGGCAUAAGUAACAGAGAGUCAUGGGGGAGGGGUCUUAAUUCCUUUUUCUGUAUCAGAAGCCCUCUCUUUGCACCACAGGCACACAACUUCAGUCCCAGCAAAGCAGAAAGGGUAAUGACAUGGGGUUGGGUGGGUCACAGGACAAAGCUCCCGAUGCUGCAUGGGGCGCUGCCAGACCUCACGGUCAAUCAUUUUGGCGGAAUACAGCAUGGUUCCCACGUGCAUCUAUGCACAGAAGAAAAUCUGGAAAGUGAUUUAUCAGGAUGUGAGCACUCAUUGUGUCUGGAUGUUACAAAUAUGGGUGGUUUUAUUUUCUUUUUCCCUGUUUAGCAUUUUCUAGUUUUCCACUAUUAUUGUAUAUUAUCUGUAUAAUAAAAAAUAAUUUUAGGGUUGGGA